CUUACCAGUCAACCACAAUCAAUCACAUAUGGAUCAAGAAAACUCCUCCACCUUCACCCACCAAAUCUCAGCCAGAAUCCGCCUUGUAACUGUCCCAAACAACGACAUUCCACAUCUUCACAAACUCAUCACUCAAAUGGCUAAUUACCAUAACCUAACAGAAUACCUCACCGUUACAGAAACCUCUCUUUCCAACACCUUAUUCAAAUCCCCACCUUUCCAUUCUUUCACUGCCCUUAUCCUCGAAGUUUCACCCAACCCAUUUCCCAUAACUCCCCACAAAGACCUCAGUUUUAACCCUAUCAUCAAGAACAACUUCAAUCUCAAGGCCUCAAUGCUUGACCCGCAAUCAAACACUUUCCGGUCUGAAAACGAUGUUUAUGUAGCGGGUCAUGUGCUGGUUUUUCCAAGCUACAAUGGGUUUUUUGAGAAACCAGGUUUAAAUAUGGACCAAAUAUUUGUGAGGAAGUGUUAUAGGGGUUUGGGCUUUGGGAAAAUGCUGUUUUCUGCUGUUGCAUCAGUUGCUGCAAAAAUGGGAAUGGGGAUGGUUGAUUGGGUUGUGGCUGAUUGGAAUGGAGAGAGUAUUAAAUUUUAUGAGAAAAUGGGUGCUUAUUAUGUUAGUGAUUAUAGACUUUAUAAAUUGUAUGGAGAGAAGCUUCAACAGUGUGCCAACAUCUCUGGUUGAUAUCAACUCCUGUUUUUCCUUUUUCUAUUAGUGGAGUACUAUUAGUUAUGCUUGUUUCAGUUAGACUGGAGAUGGAUGAAAUGGAAAAAAAUGCUUUCUCCUA